AUGCGGCCCAUUCCUCGUCCGGCCUGGAUGGCCAACUACCUUACCACCAUUCCCAGCAGCAUUCCGCAGCUUAAUUGGGCCAUGCUGGGGGACGAGCCACUUUCCUCCAUCAUCCAACACUUGCAAGACGAUGGUUUUCAAAGCUGGGGCUUCGUUGUUUACCGCUGCGCAUAUGCCAACGAAACGCAAUGGGCGAGUUAUCUCGAGUUCCUGAAAGAGGCAGUUAGGGAAGACCUAGAGUUUUUUGAGCUUGAUACUCUCCUCUGGAAGCACCUCAAGUGGACAAUCAUUGAGGACUCCAAAGACCUCGAUGGAGCCUCCAAGCAACACGUCCGAGAACGAUUUUCCGACUGGGCCGCGGCCCGAUCCGUCGAGAGAGAUGGUCCAGGCGCCGAUGAUCCCUGGCUACGAAAGAGGCCCAGAUUCAAGUACUGCAUCUACGUUGACCAGCGAUGCCUCGAUACCGUUGAUCAAUACCAAACGUGGGUUGAGCAGGGGGCUAUUGGUAUCCCCAAGACAGUUGUUUGCGCCAUUCUGGAUAGGACCAGCAAACCGAGCGGACGAGGGCGGCGUGGGUAUCCUUCUGUGGAGGGCUGUACCAAGAUGGACACGGGAUGGAUGUACACAGACGUCAGUGUUCUUUCCGGCGUGUAUGAUCGGCUUGCUGUCGAGGAAUUAUCCGAACGCGACUACGAGAGACCGCCUAAGGUGUGGCCAAUGGGCGACCCGAUGCCUUUUGAACCCUAG